AAAAUCCAAGUGUCAAACUACGAGUUGUCAAACGUUAUGUCAAAUGUGCCGUAACAAAAUACAUUGAAUUUUUACUAUACUUACUUAUAAUCGAUAUAAUUUUAAACGGGAUUAUAAACAAAAACCAAUAUGUUCAAAUUACUUAGCCGUCACGGCCGCCCUCGAAGUGCUGUUAUAAAUUACCUCUCUGAAAAGAAUUUUGAGGUUAGAAAAGCAAAGAUUUAUUACGUAUGUUCUUCAGCGGCACCAGUAAGGUUUGCUUCUACUGGUAACAGCGAUGCAGGGAAAAUAUCUCCCUUAAUCGAUAGUAUACCAGAAGCACCGCCUGUACCUGAUCCAUCGACACUUAUCGACUUAACUGCUGAAACUGUACAAGCCAUUGCCCCAAAUGGAGAGCCCACCUUUGCUAGUUUAGGUCUCGGUGGCUGGUCGCCUGUUGGUAUGGUCCAGCAAUGCUUGGAAUAUUUACAUAUUUCUCUGGAUGUGCCAUGGUGGGGAGCAAUCCUCAUUGGAACGGUUUGUGUACGCUUGGUUAUGUUCCCUCUAGUUAUUAUUGCACAGAGAAAUUCAGCAGUAAUGAAUAACAAUUUGCCAGAAAUUCAGUUGCUUCAAUUGAAGAUGACACAAGCUAGACAAACUGGCAAUCAGCUUGAAUCAGCCCGGUAUGCUCAAGAGAUGGUGGGCUUUAUGAAAGAAAAAGGAUUAAACCCAUUGAAGAACAUGAUUGUUCCUUUAGCUCAAGCUCCUUUGUUUAUUUCUUUCUUCAUGGGAUUGAGAGGGAUGGCAAACUGCCCGGUGGAGAGUAUGACGUAUGGAGGUCUGGGCUGGUUCAUGGAUUUAACCGUACCUGAUCAAUUUUUCCUACUGCCAAUAAUAACCAGUGCCACAUUGUGGGCCACUAUUGAAUUGGGAGUUGAUGGUGGCCGUCUCGAAGCACAGAACAUGCAAAUGAUGAGGUAUUUCCUCAGGGCAAUCCCAGUUAUCAUGGUUCCAUUCACUAUCAACUUCCCAGGUGCAAUUUUGGUAUACUGGUGUUCCAGUAACUUUAUAUCACUUAUUCAAGUUGGUGUACUGAAAAUACCAGCUGUACGAGAAUACUUCAAGAUCCCUAAGUUGGUUAAACACUCAGCUGAAAAUCUGCCUAUAAAGAAAAAAGGUUUCAUUGAUGGAGCAAAAGAUUCAUGGACAAACAUGAAAAUUUCCAAAGAGUUGGCUGAGAGGCAACGGAUAGAUGAGAUGAUCUUCACAAGAGCUGGUAAAGGUCCUCUGCAGAAAACAUAUAAAUUCGACCCCACAAAGCUAUCAAAUGUACAAGCAAAACCCAAGUAGGUUUUGACUAUUAUAUAUUUGUCUAGUGUAGAUUAUUGUGUAAUAAAUGUUAUCUAAAGUAAGAAA